AUGUACAGCAGCUUGUAUGUAAAGCCUGAUGCAACGCUCAAGAAAUUGCCCUUGGCUUCAAUCACCUACAUAACCGCCCGUGCUGCUUUUGUGCUUGCACUCGCAAAAACCUUGUUUAUGCGCUGUCGCCCCACUUUCUUUUUCCUUUUUUCUUUUUCUUUCACUCCCUUGGUUGCUCCUGGUCUUUCCCUUGGCUCUUCCUUUGGCUCUGGCUCUUCCGUUGGCCCUGGUCUUGCCUCCGUUGGUCCUGGUCUUGUUCCCGUUGGUCCUGGUCUUGUUCCCGUUGGUCCUGGUCUUGCCUCCGUUGGUCCUGGUCUUGUUCCCGUUGGUCCUGGUCUUGUUCCCGUUGGUCCUGGUCUAACCCUGAUCGACACUCGGCAAUCGACUCCAUGCAUCCGAGCUUCAGCAAUUGACAACAGCAUCCGACUUUUCAGCAAACGCCGUUUAUUUGGCCAUGGCUCCCCGCUCGUUGGUACCAAGGAUGGCUUGGGUUCGUGGUUGAUUGACUUAAAAGGCCAAAUGAUUUGGGACACAUAG